CGAUUGUCUUUUAUUCAAGAAAUUUGAUUUUCUCCCACAUGUUAAUUGAUUUUUGCGAUUAACAAUUAUUCCACGAAUAAUUUAGUAAAAUGGGUGCUAUAUCAAGCAGGUACCGUGUCUUCAACUCUGGGCUGACUAGUACCGACUUACAAAAUAUAGAAAAUGAUAACAAACGAGAAAAUCCAGGGACUUUGGAUGAACUUCAUAAAAAAACCAAAGAGGUGAUGCCUGUGAACUUUGAAGGUGGCAAGUUAAUGGUCAAUAGGGGGCUGUCAAAUCAUUUUCAGAUGUCUCAUACAUUAACAAUGAGCUCACAACAAAAUGGAUACAAAUUGGGUGGAACAUACAUUGGCACAAAACAGAUAUCUCCGACAGAGGCAUUCCCGGUGGUGCUUGGUGAUGUGGACCCUGCCGGUAAUGUGAACUGCAGCCUUAUACAUCAACUGACACCAGAGAUCAGGGUCAAAGGUGCUGCUCAAAUUCAAGAAUGCAAAUUGACAGCUACACAAGGCACUGUGGAAUACAAAGGUUCAGAUUACAGCCUUGCCUUGGUGGCGGGGAAACCAGACUUUAACGACAAGUCUGCAAUGUUUGUUGGACAUUAUUUGCAGUCGGUGACAAAGCGUUUAGCUUUAGGGGCUGAACUGGUGUAUCAAUCCGGUGCCAGGAUCAUGGGCGGAGAGAUUUGCAUAGUGUCUGGUGCAGCUAGAUACACUAUGGAUGAUUCAGAAGUAUCGGCCACACUGAGCGCUGCCAACCUGCACUUGUGCUACUUCAAGCAAGCCAGUGAACAACUCCAGGUUGUAGCUGAAAUGGACACAUCAUUCCGUGGAAUGGAGUCCGUGGGCAGCAUCGGAUAUCAAGUCACUAUUCCAAAGGCAGAUCUAGUUUUUAGAGGCAUGGUGGAUUCCAACUGGAACAUCGGAGCAGUCUUGGAGAAGAAACUCCAGCCCCUGCCCUUCACGUUCGCGCUGUCGGGCAUGGCCAACCAGGCCAAGCAGCAGUUCAAGUUUGGCUGCGGACUUAUCAUCGGUUAACCCUCCAGAUCGGUCGUAGAAUCUAUUUAAUAGUAAAGUUCACGGUCCGGAAUAUUGAAGCAUGUGGCACAGUGUGAGAAUGUAUUUAGCUGAUGAACUCGGACCUCACACGGAGCGUCCGAUGUAAUUGUGAGAAUUGAACGUAACUUUUAAUCAUGGGAAUAUAUCGCCUUUUCGCAUUAAAAGUGUACAAUUUCCAAAAAUAUUCGAAAUUGAGUUAAUAUACGGACUCAUUUGGUAUCACCAGUAUU